AUGGACUCCAAUCAUAAAUUCGCCCUGCAUGAGGCUGCCCGUGAGGGUAGAGACCAAGUCGUCGAGUCGUUGCUCAAUGCAAGCCCAAAAUCUGCUCUAGUCAAAGAUGACGACGAGCGCCUCCCAAUUCACUGGGCCGCAGCUUACAAUCGGUACCCGGUGGUGGAGCUACUAGUUGCCAGCAAGGAUUUCGAUCCGGAUGUUGAGGAUGGUUCGGGGUGGACCCCUCUCAUGAUUGCAGCCAGUCUAAAGGAUUCUUCGGGCGACGCAAUCAUUGAGCUCCUGCUUCGAAAGGGAGCUGAUGUCUCUGCCAAAAGUAGCUCUGGGCAGAAUGCCCUUCACUUCGCAAGCUCAAAGAAUAACAUCUCCACCGUCCGGACUCUGAUUGCCAACAAAUGCAGUGCCAGAGUUAAGGAUAAACGCGGCCAACUACCCUUGCACCGGGCAGCCGCUGUGGGAUCUGUUCCCAUCCUGAAAAUGCUAUUGGAAGAGGGCAAAAGCCCCGUCAACGCAACGGAUGGCGACGGAUAUACAGCACUUCACCAAGCUAUUGCUGAAGGGCAUGGGCCUGCCGCAAUUCAGCUCCUCAAGUCAGGAGCUGACCCACUAAAGAGAGACAGUGAUGACAAACUGGCUAUUGAGCUAGUCCCAGACGAUAAGGUCAAGCAGUUCAUACUUCAAACCGCUGAGCGAGAAGGCAUCGAGCUUCCAUAG